GAGUACGGCUGUCAAUUUGUUCGGGGUAAGCCCAUCUGUAUAAUAAACCCACUUUGCCUGGGUUGUUGGUGUUUUUUUUGCGAAUGGGAAGAAAACCCACAACAAACGAGAGUUUGUGUUGUGCUCGACCGAUUCAACCCUAGCUGGUGGACGCUGCGACUAAGCCUCGAAACAUCUUCGUUCGUAACACAACAGCUGUGCGGUGGUGGUGGUGGUGCUACACACACAUUCCCGCUUUGCCUACCAUGGCCGACGUGUAUCAGUAUGUGAGCAAGAGCAAGCUGAAGCUGAAGAACGAUUCCGACACGAAGAAAAAGCACAAGAAAAAGGACAAGAAAAAGGAAAAGGAGAAAGUCUUCCGGGCCGUGCUGGAAGACCCUGGCAAGAGCGAGGACCGUCAGCAGCAGCAGCAGGGACAGGGACAGGGGCAGGGGCAGACUAGCGCAGCCCCAGGACGGGUACUGACGAAAGCGGAAGAAUCAUUCAAAAAGAUGCAGGAGAAGAUGCAAAACAAACGCAUCGUGGAGAAGGCACAGAUGACCCACAAGCAGCGGGUAGAGUUGUUCAACAUGCAUCUCGACAGCCUGACCGAACACUUUGACAUACCGAAGGUGUCCUGGACGAAGUAGAUUGGGCCAGCCAGAUCGGGAGGACUGCACUGUUGCGGUGCAAUUACGGAUUGGCCACAGAUACGCUGUACCCAGUCAGACAAAUCGGACUUAAUUUACCCCUAUAUUACCGCUAAAUUACCGGUAAUUUAAGAGUAAAGUAAUGGUAAAUUAGCAGUCGUUAAUUUACCCAUUCGAGCAGUUUUGACAGAUCCUAUUCCUUCCUCUAUUUUAUUUUUAUUUUUGUCGGCCAAAUUGUUAAUAAUAACACGAAAUGUAUUUUAUUACAGUUGAAUGCUUUUAUUCAAUCAUUGUUCUUAACUUAAACACACCGCCGAUGUCUUCUUCGACUAAAAGAUCAUUAAAACAAUACUCUUUUUGUUCUAAUUUACAUCUUUUCACUGAUAACAAACGACAACACUUCGUACCGCUAAAUUGCUCUUAAAUUACUGUUAAGACAGACACAAAACUGUUCGAAUGGGUCAAUUAACAGAAGGCUGUCUGACUGGGUACCGUGUGAUGAUGUAAAGUGUUUGUGUGUGUGUGUGUGUGUGUGUGAAUAAAAUAAAUCGUUCCAUAUCGACGUUGUGCAGUAGGCUGCAGAAGCAUUGAAGCAUCAAAA